AUGGCCAGCUCACCCGUCCCUGGAGAUACCAGCUCCUCUCCCGGCGAUGUUACCACCAAGGAUGGACCAUCUAUAGCUGAGGAGACAGUCACGCCAGCUGCCACACCCGCCUCUGGGUCGCCACGGUUGGCCUUCUGGGUCAUCAUCAGCGUUCUAUGCACCUGCAGCCUGGUCUCCUCCCUCGAUGCCCUGAUCAUCACGACGGCACUGCCGUACAUCACCAGUGCCAUUGGAGGCCACGCGCAGUACGUGUGGGUUGCCAACAGCUUCGUGCUCGCCUCCACGGCCGUCCAGCCGCUCUACGCCCAGCUCUCUAACAUUUUCGGCCGUCGCAACCCCAUGCUCAUAGCCAUCACCCUCUUCACGCUGGGCAGCGGCAUAUGUGGCGGCGCCCGGAACAUCGCCAUGCUCAUAGCCGGCCGCACCGUGCAGGGCCUGGGUUCGGCGGGCCUCUUUGUCCUCGCCGACCUGAUCGUAUGCGACCUGGUGCCGCUCCGGGACCGGGCCAAGUAUAUGGGGAUCGCCGACUGGCGCUGGUGCUUCUACAUCAACCUGCCGCUCGCCAUCCCGGCUCUGGCUACCAUGGUGGUCUUCCUGCGUCUCAGGCACCAGCGCGAGCCCACGUGGAAGAACGCCGUGAAACGUGUCGAUUUUCUCGGAGCCCUCAUCUUCAUCCCAUCUAUGACUGCCCUGCUGCUCGGUCUCGUCAUGGGGGGCACUGUGUUCCCGUGGCAUACAUAUCACAUUAUCGUCCCUAUAGUGCUCGGCGUUGUCGGAUGGGUUGUCUUCCACGUGCACCAGGCGUCUCCGAUAUGCAAGGAGCCCAGCGUGCCGCCACAGCUGUUCCAGAACCGCACCUCAGCCACGGGCUACGUCCUCACCUUCCUCUCGGCCCUCGUCCUUAACUGGGUUACGUAUUUCCUCCCCUUCUACUUCAUGGCGGUCAAACUGGAAUCGCCGCUGAUUGCCGGUGUCUAUGUGCUGCCUUACAGCCUGUUCAUGGUCCCAUCCGCGAUGGCUGCGGGAGUGCUCCUUUCGAAACUCGGGCAGUACAAACCACUCCACUGGGCGGGCUUUGCGCUCACGGCGAUUGCGUGUGGCCUGCUCUCGAUUCUUGAUGCUGGUUCCUCCAAGGCCGCCUGGGUCUGCUUCCAGAUCAUUGUUGCCAUCGGCCUGGGACUUAUCUUGACCACAAUCCUCCCCGCCAUAUGCGCGCCCCUCGGUGAGGAGUAUGUCGCGACUGCCAAUGGCACCUUUUCCUUCCUCAGAAGCUUCGGGUUUGUCUGGGGGAUCACACUGCCUUCCAUCAUCUUCAACGACCGGUUCGACCACUUCGCUGGUCGUAUCUCCGAUGCAGGCGUCAGGUCGCAGUUGACGAAUGGCGCGGCAUAUAGCUACGCAAGCUCGAGCUUGAUCGGGUCGCUUACCGGAAGCCUCCGUAACGAGGUCAUCUCCGUUUAUACUGACGCUCUCAGAAGUGUAUGGCUAGGUGCCGUGGGCUUUGCUGCCUUUGGCUUUUUUCUCGUCUUUGUCGAGAAGCACAUCGCAUUGCGAACGGAUCUGGAGACCAAUUUUGGCCUGGAAGAGAAACCUGCUGGUCAAAAUGUUGCAAAGCAGGCUAAGGAUGCUCAGACAAUGUCAGAUUCUGCCUAA